CAAUCCGCAAACCAAACUUCCACCCCUAGGUACGAGAUAAUGGCUAUAUGUACUCGUAGUGGCGGAGCCACAUGGGAUGAGGGAGGUCGUGACUUACAACUGUAGUCGUCAUCCAGCGGUUGAAAGAAUCGCCGCCGGAUUUUGCAUUAUUCAUUCAAUGCACCGUUCUAAGGGAAAAAAAAAUCCCAAAGUACACUAGUUCUUAAAAAAAAUUCUCAAAAUACAUAAGUUAUAAAAAAUUUCCAAAACUACACAUGUUUGGCAUUCACCGUUUUUGUCAAACACAGUGAAUAUAAUCAUCGCGUUUGUCAAAGACGGUGAACAUUUCACCAUUUUAAAAUAAAACGAUGACGUGUUCACCGUCUUUGUAUAAAGCGGUGAAGUGUUCUCCGCGUUUAACAAAAACGGUGAAGACAUUACCAUUUAAGUUAAAAGCGGUGAAAACGUCACCGCCUUAAGGCAAAGUGGGGAACAUCUUCACCGCCUCAGGCUAAGGCGGUGAUUAUUUCCCACGUUUCCCAAUCCUAGUAGAUGAAAAUUAUGUCACAACUACCUAAUUAGGUUGAUGGAACCUUCCUUACAAUGAGAUUUUUUUCCCGUUCUAAGUUGCGGUUACGGGAACCACUUGAUGGAAAAAUCCCCAAAUCCACCUAUUGUAACCCGACCCAAUUAGGACGUGUUCAUCAAGUAGUGGAAGCAUUUGAAACUGGAUUAGUCAUUGCAAGGGAGGAAGAUGGUGGGGGAAAGGGGGUGAAUUCAAGGCUGAAUGAAUAUGGGUCUAAUAUGCUGGACCAUAUCAUGGAAAAUCGGAAACGUGUGCUCGAUGAGUUGGAGGGGGAGGUGGGUAACCCUCCUACCCCAAAGAAGCAGUUUGUGGAAUCGGUUGAUGAUUUGGAAAAGGUGGAGGAAGCCAGCCUUGAAUGGCCCCAAGCGGAUAAAUGAGGCUUCUGGCCUGGAAUGUGAGAGGAAUUGGGCCGUCCCUCACUUUCCAAACUGUUGUAGGGCUUGUUCAUUCCAAUAAACCGGAUCUCGUGUUUUUCUCGGAGACACAAUCGAGCCGGCGUGUAGUAUCCCGCCGUAUGCGGGGUCUAGGUUUUGCUCUUUCCCAUUGUUUUUUUUUUGUAGAUGCAGUCGAUGCAUCAGGUGGUUUAGUAGUUUCUUGGUCCCCCGGAGUUGAUACUUCGGUGUUUUGUCAUUCAAACUUCUAUAUUUGUUCGCAAAUUAAUGAAGGAGAUUUUUCUUAUGUUGCGAUAUUGCCGUUCGAGCCCCCCAUCUUGUUUAUAUUAGUUGUAAUAUUUCUGUUCGAGCUACCCAAUUGGCUCAUUUGCGUAACGUUUGUGCGAAUAUCAAUCACCCUUACGUGAUCAUAGGGGAUUUCAAUGCUACUCUUCAUGAGAGUGAAAAAGAUGGGGGGCGGGCGUGGAAUGCUGCCCAAGCCUUUAGUCUCCGUGAAUUUGUUCAUGAUUUGGGUCUCCACGACCCUGGUUACCAAGGGGAUCAAUUUACUUGGACAAAUAAACGCAUGGGCGAUGCUUGCAUUCGUGCUCGUCUGGAUAGAGCAAUUUGCUCUCAGGCCUGGAUUGAUACAUUCCCGGAGACUCUAGUCAAACACUUCACGGACCAGGGAUCAGACCAUCGUGCCCUUCUCCUUGCUGAUAAAUCAUAUGUUCGUACUAGUCGGCCUCUUUUCCGUUUUGAUGCCCGUUGGGCGGAUAAUCCGGAAGUAAGGGCCAUGGUCAAAUUAUGUCUGGCAGGAGGAGGUCCAAGGCACCCCUAUGUUUCGGUUGUGGGAACGCCUAAAGAAACUCCGUCAUCUUCUAUAUGAUUGGAGCAGGGCGGGCACAACUAAUUCCCUGCGCAAUAUCAGGACGCUCCAAGCUGAGAUUGAUAGGGUAAAAUUGGUCCACCCGGUGGAUUGGGAUGAGAUCAGGACCCUGGAAACGGAACUCUCCCGCCAGUGGGAAGCGGAUGAGAUUUUCUGACAACAAAAAUCAAGGGUUAAAUGGUUAAAAAAGGGGAUCAAAAUUCUGCCUACUUUCAUACGGUCACAAGGGCGCGCCGGAAGAGGAAUUUCGUUUCUGGGCUUCGUAAUGAGGAAGGUGAAUGGGUCACUGAGGAAACCGGGAAGGCUUCUAUUGCCACCAAUUUUUACCAGACUUUGUUUACCUCGGAAACUCAGGUUCCUAACAUGACUAAGAGGGUGACGGCUCUGCCGAUUGCCCAUAGUGUUACUCCGCAAAUGAAUGCAAAAUUGAUGGCGGAGGUUUUUCCUAGUGAGGUCCGGAGUAUGGUCUUUUCCACGGGUUCGAAACAGGCCGCGAUAUCGGAUGGUUUCACAGGGAAGUUCUUUAAAGCUUUCUGGGAUAUUGUGGGCAAUUCGGUGGUUGAAGCAGUCAUCUCCUUCUUUACCUCGAGUCGGAUGCUGAGGAGCUUUAACCCUACCUGGCUCACUUUGAUCCCUAAAGUGGACUCGGUGGAAACAAUUAGACAAUUGCGUCCGAUUAGUCUCUGCCAGUUUGUUUACAAAGUGACUAGCAAAAUCAUGGCUGAACGGCUAGCUAGCAUGCUCCCCCAGAUCGUUUCAAAGGCCAAAAUGGCUUUAUCAAAGACCGGCAGAUUAUUGAUAACAUCCUUAUAGAACAUGAACUAAUGCAUUAUCUGAAAAUAAAAAAGCAAGGGAAGAAGGGGUACAUGGCUCUGAAGGUUGACAUGGAAAAGGCCUAUGAUAGAGUCGAAUGGUCCUUCCUUCUUGCAGUUUUGGAUAAGAUGGGUUUUAAUUCAGUCUGGCAAGGAUGAAUACAUGAAUGUCUUCGAU